AAGCUUAAAUCCCAAGUUAAGUAGGAUUUCAGACUUAAUUAGCAGUGUGAUUAAGGCUCUAAGCUUUGCUAAAAAUGGAGGCCAAUGAGUGAUACUAAACACUGUGAAAACCAGCCCUCAAUUAAUGACGUCACUCUUCUUGUAACUGAAAUCCCAAAGACAAUAAUCAUCAUCGAAAUCAACAACCUUAAACAAGUGUUGUGUCUUCUUUAUUAAGGUUCUUGAAUUUUAAUCAUUGAUAUAAUCGGACAGUAAUAUAAGAUGAUGCUAAGAUUCCAAAGUUAUAGAUUGUUCGAUGCCCCUUUUAUUCAAUCAUUUAAACCCCAAUUAGCUUCUCUAAUUAGCGCUCAAAUGGGUUCGUAUUCGACAACAUCGUAUUCUGCUAAUCAUAGUCCUAAACUUGUUUUUCGUCAGCUAUUUGAGAAGGAAUCAUCGACAUAUACUUACCUUCUUGCGGAUGCUUUACACCCCCAAAAGCCAGCUCUGCUGAUUGACCCAGUGGAUAAAACAGCAGAUCGUGAUGUUGCACUUGUUAAAGAACUGGGUUUGAAACUUAUAUAUGCUAUAAACACACAUGUACAUGCUGAUCAUGUCACUGGCUCUGGCUUGAUCAAGACAAAGCUCCCUGGUGUGAAAUCAAUCAUUUCCAAAGUAAGCAAUGCAAAAGCUGAUCUUUUUGUUGAACCUGGUGAUAAGAUCUACUUUGGUGAUAUUUUUCUGGAGGUUCGUGCAACUCCUGGUCAUACACUAGGCUGUGUUACCUAUGUCACAGGAGAUGGACCCAAUCAACCUCAGCCAAGGAUGGCUUUUACUGGUGAUGCCCUUUUGAUACGUGGGUGUGGAAGGACAGACUUUCAGGGUGGAAGUUCAGAGAUAUUGUAUGAUUCAGUUCAUUCACAGAUUUUCACAUUGCCCAUGGACACAUUGGUUUAUCCUGCUCAUGACUACAAAGGAUUCACUGUCAGCACAGUGGGAGAGGAGAUGCUAUACAAUCCACGCCUAUCAAAAGAUAAGGAAACAUUCAAAAACAUUAUGCAAAAUUUGAGUUUGUCAUAUCCGAAAAUGAUGGACGUUGCAGUUCCAGCUAACAUGGUUUGCGGAUUACAAGAGACAAAAUCUGAAGCAUGCUAAAUUUUCUUUGGUUUUCUAAUCAGUUCAUGGUCGCUGCAAAUGUAAAUGGGAAGCAGGGUAUACACGUUUGAAGUGAAAGAUAAGUGAAGAAUAUUUAGCUGGAAAGGUUGAAUAAGAUAUACGAAUAAAGUUUCGAGAAGCUAUGUAGUUUUAAUUGAUCUUUGAAUAUAUGUGACAAAGACAAGUCAAUGAAUCUUGCAUAUAUGUAUGGAACUUGAUUUGUGAGAUUGCAGAUGGGAAUAUUGAAAGUGAAAUUUAUCAGCUGCUAUAUUAUUUGAACAAUGGAAGGAGAAUUUGUUAAUGCGAAGGAAAAUUACAGCCUGAA